UGGUCAAAGGUACAGUUUCCGUUCUCCAAGUGUUGUUUUGUGGCAGCAUGGUAGGUGUAUGUAGGUGUUCUGUGCUGUAGCAGCGGUCGCAUGCUCUUCGUUCCUUCGACAUGAGGGACCUGCGGAGGCAGCGAUGUUCAGUCGUUGGAUGCAGACCGAGUGACUGGACAACGGAGCCGCGUCGGCACCAAGUGCCUCGCGGUGGGGCCCUACGCACUGCGUGGCUGGAGAGAAUCGGCUAUCCGGUGACGCACAACGGGAACCUGUACGUUUGUGGUCGACACUUCGCUCCCGAAGAUUACACCAUUUACCUUCGGCGGGUGGAGUCGAUAAACUUCAAAUCAAUGCUGAGGCAGAAAGCUGUGCCGACGCUUCACCUCCCCGUUAUUCGAGAGCUGCUUGCUAUAGACAACAGCAUUGAGCAAGCGUCAAGACCCAGUGAUUCUGGUGAAAGAGAUUACGAUGACAUUGCUGCAGAGCCAGUGUACAAAGCAGGACAGAGUCUGGCUUAUGAGUCUGGACAAGCACUAGAGACACCACCUCAGCUAGUGUGUGAGCAGCAUCAAGUCAUAGAUAAGUCUGUUCAAGUUGGACUGAUAACACACCACGAAGCAUCACAAGCAAAUGAAGAGAAAAUUCUGUCAACAAGUGCCACACAAACAGAGCCCCAAGCUGUGUCUUCAGGUAUUUCUCUGCAUUUGCCGUAACAUAAAGUCAGUGUUUGCUGCAAGAGCAAAGGAGUGAAUGCUACAGUAACAAAUAGGAAUACUAUUUUAGGAUAACAGCUGACACCUUUGAGAUUCGUUUUGGCCUCAUUUUACUAAACACCAAUGUUGAAGUUGUUUUACAGUGAAAG